UGACCAUUCAAAAUCCUUUCUCGUGGCAUCAACAGCUCUACGGAUCCAUUCACUACGUUCUGUGACCAUGCCGGUGACCAAACAGCCAAGCGCCUUCGCCCCGUCUGACUUCCAGACCGGGCUCUACUCCAUCUGUGACGACUGCAGCACAUUCUGCUACGGCCUGUGCUGCUUCCCCUGCCUGGCGUGCUCCAUCGCUAAAGACAUGGACGAGUGCUGCCUGUGCGGCUGCUAUCCUGCCCUCAGAGGCGUCUACCGGACCAAGUACAACAUCCGGGGAUCCCUUUGUAAGGACUACAUUGCGUAUGUCUUCUGUGGAGCCUGUGCUAUCUGCCAGCUGAAGAGAGACAUCGACACAAGGAAAGACCAGGGAGUCUUCUGAUUGCACUGGCAUUGGGGACCUCAGCUUCAAUAUUCACCACAUGAAGAAGAGAAGGCUUCAUAAUUAUGUCAAGUAAUUCAAAAUGUAUUUAGUUAUUCUAAUCGACUGGUUUUAAGUUUUUAAAGGGGUGGCAUCACGCCACCAGGUGUGAGUGUGAUCAGCCAUUACAAUCCAUACGUCUUGUCCUGUGCCUUAUGACAUCACAAGGGGGCGUGUCCCCAUAGAUGUACGCUGGAUAGAUCAGUUACCAGCCUACCCAGUUGACUGUGGCAAAUGUUGCUGAUCCAUCCAUCAUACAUCUAGGUGAUCAAUCCAACUUUUGAUGUCACUAAAACACAGGAAAAGGCUGGGUUCCAAAGGGCUUGUAAAGGCUGAUCACAGCCACUCCCGGUGACGUGAUGUCAGCCCUUUGAGGACGGGUGAGAGGGAACUGCACGCUCACCACUUUCCUGAUGCUUUUACCCUGCUACCUGAUAGUACUUUUAUACUGUUUACGUUUAAAAUAUUAGUUCAACUGUGCUCAUAUUGUUACAAACACAGUUCACUGAAUUAAGUAUAAAUGCAACAUUAAUAAAUCUACCUGUUCAAGCAUGA